GAUGGACGAUGUGUGAUAUGCGAUUCGUACGUAAGGCCUUGCACACUAGUGAGGAUCUGCGAUGAAUGCAAUUAUGGAUCAUAUCAGGGUCGUUGUGUGAUCUGUGGUGGCUCGGGUGUGAGUGAUGCGUACUACUGCAAGGAGUGUACGCUAAUGGAGAAGGAUCGUGAUGGAUGUCCGAAAAUUGUGAACUUGGGCAGUGCAAAAACGGAUCUUUUCUACGAGCGUAAGAAAUAUGGUUUCAAGAAAAAUGCAUAG